AUGAAGAGUUUUACUAUCAAAGGUUGUGCCAUCUUUGUUCUCUUUACACUUUACUUGGGUGUAUGGUGCAAUGGAGAAGCAGAAAUUGUAGCAGCUCCAAUGGAGAAAACAGAGCAGGAGGCUCUGUACUCUGCUAUUCAGGGGUUUGUGGGUAAGUGGUGGAAUGGCUCAGACCUCUAUCCAGAUCCUUGUGGUUGGACUCCCAUACAGGGUGUCACUUGUGAUCUUUUUGAUGGCUUUUGGUAUGUCACUGACUUGAAUAUCGGACCCAUUCAUGACAAUUCUCUUGCUUGUGCUCCAUACUCAGAAUUCCGGCCACAGUUGUUUGCACUUAAGCACCUUAAGUCUCUUUCAUUCUUCAAUUGCUUUGUCUCCCCCCACCAUCACCCCAUUGCAAUCCCUACCGAGAAUUGGGAAGUUUUUGCUGGGAAUUUAGAAUCAUUGGAGUUCCGAUCAAACCCAGGCCUCAUCGGAGAAAUCCCCUCAACAUUUGGUGACCUGAAAAAGCUCCAAUCUCUAGUGCUAUUAGAAAACGGAUUAACGGGCGAAUUACCAUCAAACAUUGGCAACUUAAUGGAAUUGAGGAGGCUAGUCCUUGCCGGAAACAGGUUCACAAGCCAAAUCCCUGUUAGUUUUGGUGGGUUGAGCAAGCUUUUAAUUUUGGAUUUGAGUAGUAAUUCUCUGUCUGGUCUCUUGCCUUUGACAUUUGGAGGGCUGGCUUCUCUCCUGAAGCUGGAUUUAAGCAGCAAUCAAUUGGAAGAAAAAAUACCCACAGAGAUUGGCCAUCUGAAGAAUCUAACACUAAUGGAUCUUUCUAACAACAAAUUUUCUGGUUGGUUGACCAAAUCACUUCAAGAAAUGUGUUCCUUGGAAGAGUUGGUCUUAUCUAACAACCUAAUAGGUGGAGAUCUUAUGAGCAUUGAGUGGCCAAAUUUGAAUUUUCUAACCAUUUUAGACCUCUCCAAUAUAGGCUUGAGUGGUGAAAUUCCAGAGUCCAUUGCAGAGUUAAAGAGGCUGAGAUUUUUAGGUCUCAAUGACAACAAUCUCACAGGGGGUCUCUCACCAAAGCUAGCAGAUUUGCCUAGUGUUAGUGCACUUUACCUUAAUGGAAACAACUUGACAGGACAGCUCAAAUUCUCUGAAUGGUUUUAUCGGAAAAUGGGGAGGCGUUUUGGUGCUUGGGACAACCCAAAUCUCUGUUACCCAACUGGAUUAAUGUCAACAAGCCAUGUUCCAUAUGGAGUAAGACCAUGCCAACAAGAGGUCACAGUAAAUGGGAUUGAUCUUGAGAAGAAGUCCAAGUUGGAUAAUGGGAAUUUGAAUCAGAACUCAGACUUCAUUUCCUCUUUGGGAGUCUCAAGCUGUUAUAUUGGUGGACUUUGGAAUUUUUUUCUUGUAGAGCUAUUGGUUCUUGUUCUAGUCUUGAACUUAAACCUGUAA